GGAAAGGGAAAUCGACCAACUGACCAAGUGUUCGCCAAAAACCAAGCAUAGCAAAGACCAAAGCAAAAGGCCAUCACUGACGGCAAGAAAGAGGAAGGAGACCCCCCGAGGGUCGACGUCUCGCGAUUUCCGGUGGCAAGGUUCGGUUUUGAUCCAGACGCGGCCCCAGGUUGCUCAUCCCAGUAACAGUCGCCGCUUCCGGCGGAGCAACCGUAGGAAAAGAUCCCGAUUUCCUUUUUAUCCGGUAGCAGUUCGUGGUGGCGCCGCCGCCCCCCGCUACCUUCGUUUUGCGAGGUUCCGAUUCGCCAGCUGCUGGAGUGAGGUGGGGAGCGCGUGUCGUGGGAUUCCCGUUCGGAUCUGCGGAGGGGGCUGCUCUCCUGCUCCAAUUUGGUUGGCCGGCAAUGAGGGUCCUUGAAUCUUGUUGAUGCGCUGCCAGAUGCGGGAGGAGUACUGGGGGAAGGUUUCUUGAAAUCUUCGUCUGGGCUCCGUGGAGUGAGGUCCCUCGCCGGGAUCGCCCUGUCGUCCUAUGGGCUGUGUCAGUUCCAGACAAUUCCACGGCGGGGACGACCGUGGGGACGGCAAGCCGCGCCGGCGGCCCUCGAGCAACUCGCUGAAGCGCCUGGUUAGUUCCAGUUCCAGCAAGAGGCAUGAGGAGUUAGAAGAGGAGUAUGAGGAAGGGGUGGCUGUGGCAGCCACGUCCUCAAGCGCCGGACGCCGCGCUGGGAAUGACGCCAGCACGGCGAGGUUGAUCCGGAAGCCUCCAGCAUUGGUGGUCGAGGCUGUGCCGGCAUUGUUAGAGGAGGCAGCCACUUUGGCGGUUGGUGUAGUUGAUGCAGAAAGGGAGGUUUCUGCAACGACUGGGAACCGGAAGAGGCCUCCAGCGGAUGUACAAGUCAAUGGUGUGGCGGAACAAGAGCCGAGGAGCGGUGGCGUUAGAGCAGAGGGGGAGGCCAAACUGAGGACCAAGGACAUGCCCAAUGGCGUCCAGGGGGAGCACGUGGCAGCAGGAUGGCCGAGAUGGCUCACAGAGGUGGCGGCAGAGGCGGUUCGUGGGUGGCAACCUCGGAGGGCCGAGUCUUUUGAGAAGUUGGACAAGAUAGGACAAGGUACAUAUAGCAGCGUUUAUAAAGCACGUGAUCUUGAGAACGGAAAAAUUGUGGCUCUGAAGAAAGUUCGGUUUGCCAAUAUGGACCCUGAGAGUGUCCGAUUUAUGGCAAGGGAAAUCCACAUCUUAAGAAGACUUGAUCAUCCAAAUGUCAUCAAACUUGAAGGUUUGGUGACGUCACGCAUGUCAAGCAGCUUGUAUCUUGUAUUUGAAUACAUGGAGCAUGACCUUGCAGGCCUUGCAGCUACCCCAGGCUUAAAAUUCUCAGAACCUCAGGUCAAGUGUUACAUGCAACAGCUACUCUCUGGACUUGACCAUUGUCAUAACCGUGGUGUUUUGCAUCGGGAUAUAAAGGGUGCAAAUCUCCUACUUGACAAUAAUGGCAUUCUUAAAAUAGCAGAUUUUGGUCUAGCUACAUUCUUUAAUCCCAACCAAAAACAACAUUUGACAAGUCGCGUAGUAACAUUGUGGUACCGGCCUCCUGAGCUUUUGUUGGGUUCUACUAACUAUGGUGCUGCUGUUGAUCUAUGGAGUGCCGGUUGCAUUCUUGCUGAGUUGCUGUCAGGGAAGCCUAUCAUGCCAGGACGAACUGAGGUGGAACAGUUACACAAGAUUUUUAAGCUUUGUGGUUCACCAUCAGAGGAGUUUUGGGCUAAUCUGAAGUUAUCCCGAGCUACCAUAUUCAAGCCUCAGCAUCCGUACCGCCGAUGUGUGAAUGAUGUAUAUAAGGACUUCCCUACUACUGCUUUAACACUUCUGGACUAUCUACUUGCUGUAGAACCUGGGAAUAGGGGUACCGCUGCAUCUGCCCUUGACAGUGAAUUCUUUACAACAAAGCCUUAUGCCUGUGAUCCAUCAAAUCUACCCAAAUAUCCCCCAAGCAAGGAAUACGAUGCUAAGCUUCGAGAUGAAGAAGCUAGGAGGCAAAGAGCAGCUGCUAAAGGACAGGAAGCUGAAGCUGGACGGAGGAAGCAACUUCCUGCACCCGAUGGUAAUAGUGGAUUGCAGCACCGCCGAGUUCAGGUGAAUUCCAAAAACAGCACUUACAAGUUCACUCCAAAGGAGGAUGUUUCUGGAUUUCCAAUUGAUCCGUCAGCAAGAGCUGCAGAUAAUGGUUACCCACAGCGUGUUCCUUUGAUGCAAGCUGGCCGUUCUUCGUCCACUCUGGGCAGAUCAAGUGGAAUGGAUCCAAAAGCCCAACGAUUUCACACCUCCCAAAUUGUUACUAUUACUACAGAAAUGUCCAACCAAUCUACUGCAUCUGGGCAGAGAGGCAAUGCUCCGAAGAUGUCUAACCUUGGGGAAAGUGCCCGGAGGCAAUAUUUGAGAGAGCACCGGUCCAGUUCAAGAUACAGUCAGCUCACCGCUGCUGACCCUUCUGACAGACCUGAGUGGAAUCAUCAGUUCCAAGAAAGACCAUCAUCUUCCCAUCGGAAGGAUGAUGCUGCGGUAAACAAAGAGACUACAGUGGUGAAUGGCACAAAGAAGAACAGAAUCCACUAUUCGGGACCACUGAUGCCUCACGGAGCGAAUAUGGAUGAGAUUCUUAGAGAGCACGAGCGACAGAUCCAACAGGCGGUACGAAGAGCCCGCCUUGACAAGGGGAAGGGAAAGCACAACGGCGAGAGAGACCAGUCAGAGGCACUGCUGUACACCACCGGGAAUGUCAGGGCUGAUCGCUGAAAAGUUCAGUUUGGUGUGGACCCCCGAUUUGAGCAACCAUCAGAAGCGUAGAAAAUAGCAUUGAGUCCCUUCUAUUUUUCCACACCAAGUGGAGAGGUUUUUGCUUUGCCAGAAACUCCAACUCCUGAUGCGGUUUGGUGCCCAGGAGAUACAGCUGCCAAAAAGAAAACCUGUUCCUGUAGAGAUUUACCACCCAGAGUUUAGCAUUAGGCUGUCUAAAAUAUUUUUUUCUCAAGAUUUGUUGCUGGUUAUCCAUAGCCAUCAAUUGUAUAUCUCAAGUCAAGAGUACUCUCCCUGAAAGUUGAUCCACAUACCUGUUUUGACAUAUGACAAGAUGAAUACAGAUCGAAAU